AUGUCUCACACACCUACACAAACACCCAAUAGAACGGGACGAACUAACAAGAAGUUGCCCAUGAUAGUGGAUAUUGCUCUAGAUGGCGACGGACAGCAACUCUACCAAGUGCACGAGUCGUCAAGACAGGUACGAAAGGAGAUGCCUAUUUCGACCAAUUUUUCCUGCAAUGAAGCCGAAAAGACUCCAAUUCGCAAAAUACUCGGAAUCGUUUCGCCCAGUACGCUCAACCAGAAGAAGGUGAAGGACGAAGAUGAAGAGGGUGAGUUGGGGGAUUAUGCACCACCUGAAUCUGCCACCAAAAGAACAGGAGACUUGAAUAUCUUCACGGGUAACGUCGAAGAUAACUACGAGUUCCAUAACGAGGACAGAGGGUCAACCAACGAUAUUUGGUCGGAUGAUGUCGAAAUGGCGUUCGAGGAAAUUUUGGCCAUUAUCCCCAAAAAGAGCUCUAAUAAGAUUAAGAUCAGUGGUAGAUCCUGUGGUAGAAACGAAUUAAUCUCGGAUUAUAUUUUGAACAAAACGGGCAAAUUCAGAAGUAGAAAACAGGUUUCUAGUCAUAUACAAGUGAUUAAAAAUUUAGGCCAGAAACCCGAUAUUAUUAAGUUAAUUAAUGAGGGGCCUAGCUUUGAGACUGAGAAAGAGAAGGAACGAAACGACAAGAGAUUUGAGGAGAUUUUUUCUAAGAUCAAUUUGGAUAAGUCGUUGGGUAUGACAGACGUGAAGAAACGUAAGGAGUCGGUCAGUUCUUCUACUCAACCCGUUAAAAAGCAAAGAAUAAAUGAAAUUAUUAAAGUUGAAAACUUCUAUAUGCUAAUUAACGAUACGUACGGAGGCAAUCCGAUCAUCCUUACGUUUCAAAAUUCUAAUGACUUGAAAAGCUUGAAAAUAAAGGAAAACGCCAAAAUAUCGAAUAGAUUUCCCGGUUUAAACGAUUUCCAGAACACUGAUAUCCCCAUUCUUCAUAGUAUGGUUAAAGUAUACUUACCCCAUUUGCCCAAAAACUAUACAAUUGAAGGUCUUCAAACGAACUAUUUCCUUCUGGAUUCCCAUCAAUCGAAUUAUUCAGUCUUCACUUGUAUAUAUUCCUUUGGUAAUGAAGUAUUGAAGUUCAACGAUACAAAUGUUAAGGCCAACGAAAACCAACAGUUUUUGCCUAAAUUUUGGAAGUUUUUUAUAUCCAAGUUAGUUAACAAUUCCAACCCAAUGGAGGUUAAUAUGGCUUUCAAAGGUAUCACCAUUAAGCAGAUCAUUUAUGAAUCCAAUGGUGAUUCAAAUAUAGUGUUAAAACUGAAAAUUAAAUCAGUAUCAUUAUGGGAAUUCGCCAAAGUAGAUCAAUUCAAAGAUGCUAGUACUUCAGUAACAAAAUUGUCGUUACCUACCCAAACAAUUGCUGAUAUUCAACCGCUGGCCGUUGAUUAUCAUCCGCCUUCAUUGAACAGCACUACGACUACAUCUACGGCUACAAUGCCACCGACGGUUUCAAGCAUAUUGGAUGACCAUGCUUUCGAGACAAAGCCACAAUUAUCCGUCCAAGAGAAAUUUGAAUCUUUGCAGCACCAUCAAGAGCAACAGCAAAGUCAACCUUUUCAAAAUAUGCUUCAUCCUUCGGUAAACACUAAUCUCAUGAUGGUCUCGAAGGAUAACCAGUCAAAUCAAUUCGGGGGAACUCUUUUCUCCGAAAAUGAAUUUAUGAACAUUAAUUUGGAUGAAUCCCAAUUUAAUUAA